UAUCGCAGCAUAGAGAGCAAAGCAUCAAGUCAUCAACCAGAAAUUCAAGCUCGAUUGUUAGUUUCUUCUCGUUUGACUCCGCAGCUAGCCAUGACGAUCGGCGUCUGCUACGGCGUGGUCGCCAACAACCUCCCGCCGGCGAACGACGUGGUGCAGCUCUACAAGUCCAAGGGCCUCACCGGCAUGCGCAUCUACUUCGCCGACGCCAAGGCCCUCUCCGCGCUCCGCGGCUCCGGCAUCGCCCUCAUCCUCGACGUCGGCGGCAACGACGUGCUCGCCAGCCUCGCCGCCAACGCCUCCAACGCGGCGAACUGGGUCCGGGACAACGUGCGGCCCUACUACCCGGCCGUGAACAUCAAGUACAUCGCCGCCGGCAACGAGGUCCUGGGCGGCGACACGCGGAACAUCGUCCCGGCCAUGCGGAACCUCAUCUCGGCCCUUGCCGGCGCCGGCCUAGGCGCCAUCAAGGUGUCCACCUCGAUCCGGUUCGACGCGGUGACCAACAGCUUCCCACCAUCCAAUGGCGUGUUCGCGCAGGCCUACAUGACGGACGUGGCCCGGCUGCUGGCCAGCACCGGCGCGCCGCUGCUCACCAACGUGUACCCCUACUUCGCCUACAAGGACAACCCGCGGGACAUCCAGCUGAACUACGCGACGUUCCGGCCGGGCACCACGGUGCGUGACCAGAACAACGGGCUGACCUACACGUGCCUGUUUGACGCCAUGGUGGACGCCGUGGUGGCGGCGCUGGAGCGGGCCGGGGCGCCCGGGGUGAGGGUGGUGGUGUCGGAGAGCGGGUGGCCGUCGGCGAGCGGGUUCGCGGCGACG